UGAGCCACGGAGAGUGGGUGGUACCCCGUGUAGCAGAACUUGGCCCGGACACGUGGUCUGAGGGUGACCAAUCAGGAGGCCCCCCAGGUUUAACUAUGUUAAAUGUCAGAUUGCAAUAAACUAGAAGCUGUUGGUCGGGCCCGCGGAAAUGGGCGAGCAUAAUCUCCUUAAUCCGGGGUUUGUGGGACCUUUGGUAAACAUCCACACUGGAGACACCUUUUAUUUUCCCAAUUUUCGAGCCUCGGGGGGACAACUGGCGGGGCUGCCGUCUCUCUCCUACCCGAGGAGGGACAACGUUUGCUCCCUCCCGUGGAAUCCUUCGGAGCCGUGCAAUGGAUACUCCCAGUCCUACUUCAGCAGCCCGGUGUCCAUUAACCCCUCCUUCAACCGCUCGUGUGAGAUCAGCAGAGCCGAGGAGGCCAAGUGUUACUACGGCAACGGAGCCAGGGAGGCGUGCAGCGGCGGCGGCGGCGGCGGCAGCGGCGGCGGCGGCUCAGGUGGCCUGAAGCGGGAGGACAGCCGGGCGAGGGACACAUCCUCCUCAUCCCUCGCAUCCGAUCACGGGAUGCACGCCGGGAUCGGCCCCGCAGCCGCCACAGCCGCGGCCGCCUUCUCCAAAUACGAGUACGGCAGCGAGCAGUUGACGCAGGACCCUCCGUCUUGUCAAUCCAUGGAGUCCGACUCCAGCUCGUCAUUGCUGAAUGAGAACAGCAAGCCUCCAUCCAGCGACACGCAGAGCUUGGUGUCCCCGGGAAGCCAUGCGAACAACAUAGCCGCAGGCGGAGGUGCCCCGUGGUACCCGAUGCACACCCGGACCAGGAAGAAGCGCAAGCCCUAUUCCAAACUUCAGCUGGCCGAGCUGGAGGGCGAAUUCAUGCUGAACGAGUUCAUCACCAGGCAGCGGCGGAGGGAGCUCUCGGACCGGCUCAACCUCAGCGACCAGCAGGUCAAAAUCUGGUUCCAGAACCGCAGGAUGAAGAAGAAGAGACUCAUGCUGAGGGAGCAAGCUCUGGCCUACUUUUAGUGGUGAUGCGGCUGCGGGAAGGCACCCCGCGCACAAGAAAGAAGAGGUGUCCCUAUUCCAAGUUCCAGAUCCGUGAGCUGGAGCGAGAGUUUUUCUUUAACGUUUACAUCAACAAGGAGAAACGUCUGCAGCUCUCCCGCAUGU